AUGGAUGAGGAUGUUCUGACCAUCCUGAAGAUCCUAAUCGCUGAGGAGAGCGGGGUGGGCAAAUCCAGCCUUCUGUUGAGAUUCACAGAUGAUACCUUUGAUCCAGAGCUUGCAGCAACAAUUGGUGUUGACUUCAAGGUGAAGACUGUAUCAGUUGAUGGAAAGAAAGCUAAGCUUGCAAUAUGGGAUACAGCAGGUCAGGAGCACUUCAGAACACUGACACCUAGCUAUUACAGAUGUUCACGAGGUGUUAUAUUAGUUUAUGAUGUCACAAGAAGAGAUACUUUUGUUAAGCUGGAUAAUUGGUUAAAUGAAUUGGAAACAUACUGCACAAGAAAUGACAAAGUAAAAAUGCUAGUUGGAAACAAAAUUGAUAAGAAAAACCGUGAAGUUGAUAGAAAUGAAGGGCUGAAAUUUGCACAGAAGCAUUCCAUGUUAUUUAUAGAAGCUAGUGCAAAAACUUGUGAUGGUGUACAAUGUGCCUUUGAAGAACUUGUUGAAAAGAUCAUUCAAACCCCUGGACUAUGGGAGAGUGAGAACCAGAAUAAAGGAGUAAGGCUAUCACACAGGGAAGAAAGCCAUGGAUGA